AUGCGUUCUUCUUCGUGGAGACGAACGGCUGGCCACGCGCAUCGCGUGUACGGGACAACGCUCGUCUCGCGCUCCCUUCCUCUGUCGAAAGUCUGUUUUGUUAAGGAAAUACGGAGAGUCGCUCGAAAUGAGGGGCGGGUUCAUGCGACAGCGAACGGUCUCUCCAGUGGGUGGACAGGCGCAGAAGAGAAACGCGACACGGAUGAAGGAAUCCGACGACUCGCCGGCUCGCACCUCUUCCGACGACCCUACCAUAAUCAACGUAGACCUGACACCGCCACGUCUCCCGCCGGAACGCGGUCGCAGACAGCCUCCUCUGCACCGUCUUUGUCCACCUCGAGUGAAGACCACGACGCAGCAUGCCUGUCGAUUUUCGAGCGAAUCUACCGCGCAAAGUCUCACCCCAGUCCAUCUGUCUCUCCGUCACUAACGGACGCUUCGGCCUCGCCCCUUCUCUCCCCGUCUCGCGGUGGAGGUGACGCCUCCUCUGCCUUACAAGAGGGAGAAGUCGACGAAGAUGCAGGCGCUCUGUCGGACCCAGAUUGCGAGUCGACCGACCUCCCCUCACUGCAGAACCUUGCUGAGGUUCCUCGCAGCCUCCGUCCGCCUGACUCCUCCGUGGCGUCGGGGCCUGCGUCUUCUCCGUCUGCGGCGUCUCCGCUUCGGCCUCUGCAUCGCCGAUCGUCAAAGCUUUCGUGCCACGUGCUGGUGUGCAUGUUGGCGGACCUGGCCAGGUCGGGUGUCCGUACACGGGAGGCAUGGCAACCGCUUCUUCUGCUGCUCCUGCAGGCGCUGCCUCGUCUCUCUGCGCAACAGAUUCAACAGACCGCCUUGGCUCUCAGCCGCGCGGGGCUCUGCGCACCCGUCGUGCUUCAGGGCCUCUCGGAAGCACUUUAUUGGAAGUGCGAGCAGAAGAAGGCCUUGCCCGACCACCUGGUGCUCUUCCUGGAUGCUCUCCGACGCCUACGCUAUUGCCCCUCCACGCGCCACUUGAACAAAUACAUUGAGAGGAUGAAGGAGGGCAAGAAGAAGUUGACAGUGUCCCACUGCCUGAAGCUCCUUCGCUUUUUUGCCGAGGCGGGCGUGGAGGCAGGCGACCUAAAGUACCCGGCGUUUUACUGGGGCUUGUACGAACGCCUGACGACUGGAUUAUCCUCGCUUCAUCCUCCGGAACUGGCUGCCACAGCGCAGCUCCUCGCCCAGUUGGGUGUCCGCGACAGUCUCCUCUUCGACCGCCUCUGCCUCGUCAUGUACAAUCGCAGUGCCGAUCUCAUCAACACGAACGUUGUCGUCGCCAGUCGCGUCGACGAGGCGCUGGAAGCAUCUUCGCGCACUUCGCGGGCCGUGCCAGCGUCGCCUGUCGCCGAGGCUGUCCGCGCCGUCUACCGGCAGGGCGUUGCUGCUUCGACCUCUCCUCAGGCUGCGCUCUCGGCAACGGCUUCUUCGCUCGCCCUCCAGGCGCCCAGCGAGUUCCAGUGGGCUCAGACGACCGCGGGUCCCGCCGCGCGCAAUUCACCAGAGAGAGACGCCGACGGGAAGCCGUGCCUGGAGACCGAUCACUUUUUCGCCGCCCUCGUCCACCUUGGUCGCACGCUCCUCCACAUCAAGGCAGAGAGCCCACCGGUGCAUUUUUGGCUGGCCCUCAAGCAGCACAUCGAGCACCACGCGCUCUCGCUUCGCCCGGAGCACGUCGUCUUCACACUCGCUGUGCCUCUGGGACCCUUUGUGAUUGUCUGGUUUCAGCUAGCCAGCAUGCUGUCUUCGUUUUCCUCGCUGUCUUACCGCCAUCGAACGCUGCACGCGACGCUCGCCUUCCGCCUCCUUCAAGGCUCCGCAUCUCCAGACCUCGGGUGCCUCGACGAGCUCUUCCUGCGUUCGGUCUCGCCACUGGUUCGCCUCCCACGGCGUCAGAGGCGGGCAACCCGGCUGGGGCUGCCUGAAACGUCCCUACCUCUUCCACUCCCCAUCGGUCUAGACUGGGGAGUCAACGGGUGUGCCCCCGAGCGAGCGUCUUCUUCCCGUUCCGCCUCCCCCGCCCGUUCUUUGUCAGCAUCGCAGUCGCAGGCUUUCGUCGCGCCUUUCCCGUCGCCGCCGUGUCCCAAAGACGACACGACGCGCUCUGGCCUUCCGCUGUCGGCCUGCGCGGGCGAGCUAGCAAGCGCCUGUCGGGCGCACGGCGAUCCCGCCAUGUCCGACCGGGCGGGGACCCCUCAGGUGCAUGCAGAAGAGAGCGCGCUCACGAUCGAGUUUGUGCAGGCGACCGAACGGCAGGGUCGGACACUGUUCGCUCGAGGAGAGCCAAAGGCAGAAGGCCAAAGCGGCAACGGCACCUCCGAGACUGGGCAGCACUCGACUAGCAACGCGCGUGGCUUCGCGGACCGCGAGUUCCCGUCUUCACCGUUUGUUUCGUUCGGAUCUGUUUGGACAAAUACAUUUGACGUGAGAGCGGAAGGAACCGAGAGGAAGACAUCAAAUGGACAAGCGCAGCGUCUCGCGGCAGAUGCUCAUAUGCCGCCGCCGAUGUUCUUCAGCGUCGGCGAGGGCGUGACCGACAGGAAGGCAAGGCAGUUGGGAGGCAGCCCGGCAACCGUGCAUCUCCUGCCGGCGCACGGAAUGCGCGCAGCGUCGGACUUGAGCCGCGAUAGCGGGCCUCCCUCGACUGGCGCCGAGGCCGGAAGAGCGACAGAGGCGGCAGACGCGGGAGAGGCCCCAGAAGCCGAGCGUUGGGCGAGCGCCGAGGCGUCCGGACGCCCUGCGAGACUGGACAGUGAGGGGUGCGCGUGCUGGCCGGCCACUGGCAAGAACACGGACACGGAAGCGGGUGCAUUCUCCAAGGUAGCGUGGGGGAAGGGACCCGUCGAUCGAACAGGACUCCAAAGAAAAGCCGCGAGUUCGGGGAGAACCGCGGACGCUCCCGCAGGCGAGGGUGGCGGGCCGCGCGUCAGCGGGCUGGCUCGAGUUGAGGGGGACGGACCCAGCAAGUCCCCCGUGAUGAUUCGUCCUGCGUCGUUCGUCGCCAGGCGUAUUGAGCCUGCCGUCGCUGCCGCGAUGCUCGAUGCAUGCGUGGAACUGAAGUAUCGAGAUCGGCUCUUUCUCGCGUCGCUCGCCGCGUCGCUUAAGGUCGCCGUUGAGGAAUCGGGUAUCCACAAGCUCGGGCCUUUCCCGCGUGCGAACGGCCUGCCAGGGGAUGUCCACACCGUUUCGGUGCCAAGCGAAAGCCUUCGCGUGGCGGAAAGUCUGGAGGCAGCUGAAAGCGACCGCACGGCCCUGGCGCCCUGGAGCGAGAGCACCUUCCGCCGCGUCUACGAGGGACAAACCGGCCCCGAGGGCCGGCGUCGACGGUCGCUAGUUGGGCUCCACGAGGUCGCAGGAGAGGUGGUAUGGACUCCAGGGACCCCCGGCGAGAGCAGGAGACUCUGGCGGAAGCCUAUGUCUCAACCGCAGACGACGCCCGACGCUGGAAGCCGGCUGUCGUCCGUGGGUUCGACGGAAGAGGGGAACUUACAGGUCGCCGUGGAGGCAGCCGCGAGAGCCGACGAUCAGCCGGCUUCAACUCUGAGGAUCGCCGGACACCUGGGUGCUGAGAGGAACGAGUCAAAGGGCGCGGGGCCCUCUUCUAGGACACCAUCCGGGCGUCUAAACCGCGGCGCGAGCGUCGCAGCGCUGCCCGACUUCGCGGCUUCGCUGGCUUUCUCACACACACGUGGGACGCCUGACCCCAGUUCGAGUGGCCUCUCUCGGCCCCUCGGAAAAGACGCGCUCAGGUUCCUGAGCGAGUUUGACGCCUCUCAGGUCGACGCACUCCGAGCUGUCGCGGGGGACGCAGAGACGGGUGACGCGGGAAACGUCGCUGAAGGUGAAGGCCUGCGGUGGGGAGAGGACGCGAGAGAUCGCGAGGCUGUCGCUGACACCCAUGGUGUCUCUUCUUCCGCGUCGGUCGCUUUGCCAUCCCACGCUUCGACGUCCGCACAGGCGCGGUCCUCCCCUUCGCGCUCUGCGGGUUCCUCGACGUUGUUUGCCUCGUCGAUCUCGGGCGUUAUGCGCUUUCGAUACACGCCACACUUCUUCGAACUUCUCCGUCGAGCUGCGCUUCAGGCCGCUCGCCAAUCCCCCGGCGACGCGUUUUUCCUUUCCAACGCGGACCUGCGCCGGCCGAGGGAGACAGAUGUCUCGCGGUCGCGCGCAGGCGCCUCCGAGGCAGGCGAACGGGCGAAGCGAGUCGGGGACUCGGUUGACGGCUCAGACCAGCCUGAGGCGGCACGUCGCCCGCCACGCGAUCCUUCAGAACGCAAAGGCGAAAACCUCGGAGGAGCACCAUGGCAAGAACAAGGCGGAGCCCUCCUCGGCGGACAACUCCGCAAAUCCACAAAGAGCAUCGUCGGCAGAUGCAAAUCCUUCGUUCCUGCCGACGCUCGCAUCGAACGGAAAAUUCCCCCAGAAGAGCUUCGAAGACGCUUCUGGGAUCGCCUAUUUGCGACCGCCGGCCAUCCGGCGAGGCGGCGUCUCUACCACCGCCGUCUGUUCCUCGCAGCAUGUGAACUCCGCUUUCGAGCGCUGCCGUCGCGCCCUCUGCGUUUGUCGCCUGGUGGCGUGCGUGGCCAGGAGAGACAGGCCGAAGGGCCAGCAGGCGGAGGCGCCGUCUCUCGAAACGGGGCCUUGGCGGAGACAGCGAGAGCGGGUGCGACAAAGCCAGGAAGCGCCUCCGCGAGAUGCCAGGGAGAAGUCGCCGCUGAGAACGCGGAGGGGCGAAGCGAGGUGGAAGGCGCGUGCGAGCCGUUCAGAGACUGCGGGGUCUUGGGCAGAAGGAGGCGACAGAGACUGCGUGCAGCAGGAUUCCAGCGACCCAUGGAGAGAAGGAAAACGCCUACGGCUUCAGAAUCUCCAGAGGAAAACGCGUUCCGAGAUGCCCAGACGGUCCGGAGCGCCAUGCGGCGGUGGAGUCUUCUGCGGCGGGCCUUUCUGGAGCCUUACGAGGACCACGCGCGCGCUCUCCAGUUGGCGUUGUGCGAGCGUCGUCUAUCGGCGAAGACCCACAAACCGUCAGCAGCCGCCACUCUAGGCAGCGGCGGAACCCAGAGCACUGCUCCGGCACUUCCUGUGAGCGACAGAACCCCGAACGCGCCCUCCACGUGGUCCAGCCCGGCCGACGAGGACCGGCCAACGCCUUCGUGCUCUUCCCCCGGCCUCGCUCUUUUGUUUCUCCCACGACCUCGCGACACGCCAGUAUCAUCUCGACUCCCGGUCCUAGUCGACACGGCUCUGCUCUUGCCGGUGAAACGUCUCUUCGAGGGCCCCGGCUGCCGCACGAAAGCGACGCGAGGCGCCUUCCUCGCGAACGCACGCCUCGGCCACAUGCAGGCUCGCAUUCUCAGGGACUACACGCGGAGCCGCGAGCGGCUGCGGAACAGGUGUGGGGCAGAACAGGGCGCUGGGGUGGGACGCCUGAACGGGUCACAGCCUGAACGCCUGCAGGGCGUCGACGAGCGGGCGGCUUUCCUUCGGGCGCAUGCAGCCACGAAGAACGAGCAUGCGCUUCCGAGCGCUUCGGCGGUUCCUGGACCUGAGCGGAACGCGCUGGCCGCUAAGGCGAAAGUCGCCGCCGGCUCCGACGCGGACGAGUCGAACCGCCAAGCUGGUGCGCGAGUCUGGUCGGGAGAUGCCGCACCGUCGACGCGUGGAGCUGCGGAAACUGCGUCGGUUGCCAUUGCGUCUCUCGGUCCCGUUCAACCCCGAACGGAAGAGGCAGGUCGCCCCGCAUGCGCGUCGCUUGCUGACGCUGCUGAGAAAGGUGUGGGCGGCUCGCCGGGCUUGCCGGGCUGUGCCGCUCGGAGGGGCGAGGAUGGAGGAGAGACCGACGGAGGCGCCACUAGCCAGAAAAGGCAGGAAGGCAUGCCGCAGGCCCUCGGAUCGAUCCGACCCCUCUGCCCAUUACUUCGAGAAGUCGCCUGCGCGCUUGAAGCUUCGGUUCGUCUGCAGUUCCUGCCUCCAGGCCUCUUAACCGCCUUCGCUUCACAUCUCCUGCAUAUCGUCACCAACGUCUCGGCCGUUCUCUGCUCGCCGCCCAUGGCAGGCACAGCCUGCAGCCCUUUGCCUGCGGCUGCACCACAGGGCGGCGAGGAAGCGCGACGGGCUGGCGAGUUCGACGAAGCACGGCGGGAGGCCUCCCUGAGGCGCCCCACGAAGCGCCUCCACCUCGAACUCGGCACCCUUCUUCGAUGCAUCAACCGGGCGGCAGACGCCGCGUGUUGCGUGCCUGGAGUCGCCGCCGGCGAAGCGGAGGACGGAGACGAGCGCGACGACGAGCAGGCCGAGGCUCGCAGAGCGACGGACAUGCGGCCCUUCCCCCAAGAGCAACAGGAAGCGUGGAAAAUCCUCGAGAAGUGCUACAGGGCUGCAGCCUUCCAGGUUCUGUGGAACCCGGGAGCAAACUUGCGCGCGUCCGGUCUCUUCGCACGCGCCCAGUCUGCUGUGCCGUUUUCGCUUGCUGGCUGCGAGCGAUCGGGCAGCGCAUCGGCAGGUGCCGCGUCGGAGUCCGAACUUCUCCUCGACAGUCUUCGGGUCUACACACGCCUGGCUCGCCAGCUCGCCCUUUCGUCCAGGGCUUCCUUUUUUUCGCCGGACGACGCACGUGACCAGGGACAGAGAAGCCGAAGUAAAGAAGGCCGGUGUGCCACAGACGACGCACCACCGGAUUCGUCGGGUUUGGGUCGGCCUGGGGGACAUGCGUCGUCCCGUGAACAUGUGUCGUCGGAAGGCUCACAACACAACGCUUGCGAAGACGACGAAGCGCGCAGGGGCUGCCGUCUGUUCCUUUCGCACCGCGAAUGGGGCCAGACGCUGCUUGCCUUCAUAGCAACGCGACUGAGUCGCCACGGCACCGCACGGCAACGCGAGCGGAGUGGCAUCGCGGGGAAAAGUCGCGUCGGCGGCGUGGUUCCGAAAGGGACUGCGAACCAGGGCGAGGACGCCGGAAGCGCUCCGGAGAGCACGCGGAGAGACGGGGGAGAUCCUGCGGCCUCGGGCGAGAGGGACGAAAGGACGAAACAGGCUCCAUACAGCAACUCGGAGGCUCUAGCCGGAGAGCCGAACACCAACCGAGCUCAUCGGCAGGUUAGCGCAAAAGCGGGGACAGACCCUGUGAGACAAAGCACGCGCGCCACAACACCGUCUCUCGGGGUUCGCGACCUGACGCAGAUCCUCGCCUAUCUGUCUCGCAUUCGGCCUUUCCUUACGGUUGACGGCCAGCAGGUGGGCGGUGAAGAAGACCGGCUGUGGAUGGACCUGCACGCAGAGACGAAGCGCCGCCUUCUGUCGGCCUUACGCAACGGAGAGACAAAACACCCUCAUCGGCAGCGUUCGUCGCACGAAACUGCUGAGGUUUCUGCCGCUCGGCCUUCUGCGGGUGACUUCCAUCGUCGAGAUGUAAUGGGAGCCCUCGUCGCGUUAAGCGUUGACGCUCUCCCACCACGUUUCAUGACAGUCGAGGAAUUCUCCAGAUUCCACGAUCAGCCCGCUACUUCGCUUUCGCAGAAUGGGGGUGUCUUCCCUGGGACCUCCAAGCCGGCGGACGGGGUCGGAAGCCCAGGAGAGGAUAGAAAGCGAACGACGCGUGAAUCGGUUCUCGCAAGAGAAACACCCGGCGGAACGGAAACCACUGACACAGGUGACGUCCUACGCGCCGCGGGGUCCAGGACGCCUCACGAACUGGGAACAGGUGAAGAAGGGCCAGAGCGACGGCGAAUAAGGAGUUGGAAUGACGAGCAGCUCUUCGGGCAGACUGUUCGCAAGCUUGCGCGGGAAUCGGCUGUACCUACACGCCUCCUGCUGAGAGCCAUUCACCGUGAACUCUUGAGACAGGGAAGGCUGGACGCAGCGGCGUAUGCGCAGUCGCAGGUUGCUUUGAAGAGUUGA